GAAUACUCUCACUCCUCCCUUUCUCUCUCUAAAUACAAAUUUCAAUACAUGGCGUAAAAAGGGAGACGACUUGUGUUAAGCGGCGUGUCUUCAAGUGUCGUGCAUGCAUUUUAUGCAUCUGUUGCUUUGCAUGCACUCUCUCUCUCUCUCCUCCCUCCCUCUCUCUCUCUAAAUGCACGUUUUCUCUCCAGGUCUUACCCACACAGACCCCCAAAAACCCCACUCCCCACUAAUUACGUUCGUGAACGGUAAAACCCAGCUGACUGAGUUUUGACUCGUUUCUUCUUCAUCAGCUCACUGUAUCGAGCUCGCCGCCGCAGCCGCCGCCGUGGCCGGUUGGUUUCCAGAGUGGGUUUCUGCUCUGUUUUUGGAUGACUAGUCGUUUUCGAGAUUUGGGUUUCGAUUUGGGUAAAACAAGGGUUUGGAGAGCUUGAAUUUGGGGGGAUGGAGUCCAAGAUUUGCAUGAAUCCGUCGUGUAGGAUGGCCAAUAUGCACGAAUGGAAGAAAGCUGUUCAGUUGUUGAUACGGUGUUGGGAGGACAUUGUGGAAAUAUGGGUUGUGGUUCUUGACGUGGGAUUUGAUGUGUAUUGUGGGUUAGGACUAGUUGCAUUGUUCAUGAACUGUUUCUAUUUUUAUCGUCGGCCAUGGAGGAAUGAGCGGAAUUAUCGAUGAUCAACAUAUAAUCAGGAGUUGAGUAUGAGAAUUCAGUUUACUGCAAUACAUUCCAUUCUGGGGAAACUGGUUGGAGGGACUGCAAUUUGUGCCACAAGCCUCUCCACUGUGGAUGCAUAGUCUCAGAGACAUUGUAUGAGUGCCUGGAUUUUGGAGGUAUAGGGUGCAUUGGCUGUGCUUCUCAACCUCGCAUGGUGCAGAUUCAGGACGGUGAUGUUUUAAAUGGAUUUGGUGGAUUGAAAAUAAGUGAUUCCAGUGAUCAGCAAUCAACUGUUCCUCAGAAUGGAGCAUUAAGUGAUACUGCUAAUGAGGGAAAACUUUUGCAAUUGUGUCAAGUCAUGGAGGCUAAUGAAUCCAACCUUUCAUCUCAAUCUCAGAGAGGUGAAAUAAAUGUAUCUCCUGUGCAAACCAAACGUGAAGAAGUUACUUAUCCAAGGGGGGAAGUUGGCCCUGGAUUUUCAAGUAUCAGCAGGCCAUCUUUUGGAUCAUUAACAUUUGCCAAACCAGACAAUGGUAGAAUAAUGAUAGAGGUCAAAGAUAUGAAUAAGCCAUCCUCUGACCCGUCUUUGAGUAUGACUUUGGGAGGCCCAUCUGCAACUCCAAACUUUGCUCAACCCUUUACUGGGGGAAUUUUGGAGAGAAGAGAUCAGAUUAAGACGUCUUCUUCCUUCCAACAGGGGCAAAAAAUUCAGCCUAUUUUUCCCAGACCCUUGAGACCUCCCCCUCCUGUUCAUCAUGUGCGUGUUGCAAGGCCACCGGCUGAAGGGCGAGGGAAGAGUCAGUUACUUCCUCGAUACUGGCCAAGGAUUACUGACCAAGAGCUGCAGAAAUUAGCUGGAGAUUUGAAUUCUACUAUUGUGCCACUGUUCGAGAAGGUACUGAGUGCCAGCGAUGCAGGUCGAAUUGGUCGUCUGGUUCUCCCAAAAGCAUGUGCUGAGGCAUACUUUCCUCCUAUUUCUCAAUCAGAAGGCCUUCCUAUAAGGAUUCAAGAUGUCAAGGGUAAUGAAUGGACGUUUCAGUUCAGAUUUUGGCCAAAUAAUAAUAGCAGGAUGUAUGUUUUAGAAGGAGUAACGCCUUGCAUACAGUCUAUGCAACUUCAAGCUGGUGAUACUGUGACAUUCAGUCGGAUAGAUCCCGGAGGCAGACUUGUAAUUGGGUUUCGUAAGGCAUCAAGGUGUUUAGAUGUGCAGGAAUCCCAAACAUCUUUCCUUCCCAAUGGAACUCCUGGGGAAACUUCCUGUCCUAGCGUUGUUGAGAAUCUGGUAACAGGAAGUGGUCACUCUAGUAUUUAUCAAACGAGUACAGGAAGCAAAGACCCUUACCUAAAUGCUCUAUCAGGACAUUUGCAUUUGGCUGAUGGGGAUACAAGUUUGCAUGAUAAUGAGAACCAUAGUCACUUUACAAGUGAGGAUCUGCAGCAGAAGCCUGUGUCGAAUUCUGACAAGAAGAGGGCCCGAAAUAUUGGGCCUAAAAGUAAGAGGUUGCUCUUGCAUAGUGAAGAUGUUCUGGAGCUGAGACUGACAUGGGAAGAAGCACAGGACUUGCUUCGUCCACCCCUGAGUGUCAAACCAAGCAUUGUCACUAUAGAAGAUCAUGAAUUCGAAGAGUACGAUGAGCCCCCAGUUUUUGGGAAGAGAUCUCUAUUCAUCGCCGAAUCUGAGAGACAGGAACAAUGGGCUCAGUGUGAUGAUUGCUCUAAGUGGCGGAGGUUGCCUGUUGACGUUCUUCUUCCUCCAAAGUGGACGUGCUCUGAAAAUUCUUGGGAUAUAAACAGGUGCUCAUGUUCUGCACCAGAGGAGGUGAGCCAAAAGGAAUUGAAUAAUCUUCUAAGACCAAGCAAAGAUUUAAAGAAGCGAAGAAUCGUAGUGAACCAUAAUGAAGCCCAGGAACACGAACCUUCUGGCUUGGAUGCCCUGGCUAGUGCUAGUGCUGCCAUUCUGGGAGAUAGUGUGGAUUACGCUGAUGAACAAUCAGUUGGAGCCACAACCAGACAUCCGCGUCAUCGCCCAGGUUGCACAUGCAUAGUAUGUAUUCAACCCCCAAGCGGGAAGGGCAAGCACAAGCCAACAUGCACAUGCAACGUGUGCAUGACAGUAAAACGGCGCUUCAAAACCCUGAUGAUGAACAAGAGGAAACGCAAAUCAGAACGUGAAAUGGAGAAUGCCCACAGGGAUAAUAAUGACCACAAGGAUGAAUCAGAAAUGAAUGGUACGUCAACAGAGAUUGAGUUGCAUAUGAAUCACUUAUCGGAGAAUGGAAGCAGCUGCGAGAAGAGAAUUCAAGCUGACGUGGCAGAAAGUUCAUGCGCUGGACAAAUUGAUCUGAAUUGUGAGCCCAAACACAAUUAUGUGCAGGUUUCAGGAUUGAACUUGUUGAGACUUGCUGAUGCUGUUGCUCAACAACCAGUAAAGAACAGCACGAAGGAAAGUGGCCUCACAAACAGAAUGUGCGAGCCACAGGCCGGUCUUGGUUCAUCUUUACGUACACAAGAUACUGCGGAGACUGAUAAACUCUUGUGUAAUGAAGGCAGCCUUUCAUCCGUGGCAGCGGUGUGGGACUUGGAGGGUAGAGGUGAUGGGGACUGAAACAAUCCGGCCGUGCCCCUUCUUUUUUUGUCGGAAAUAUAUCUUUAUUUGGCUUUAUUUAUAGAGGGCAGUCCUAUACAUCUUUACGAGUCUUCACAGCCAGUGAAUGUAAUUUUGUUUCUUUGUUCGUCUGCUAUGUUCGUGUGGAUAAAUUUUACCUUUGUCUCUAAAGUUGAAACAGACCAUGUUGCGGGAA